AUGCGUGCUAGCAUCCUUCCUCUUGCCCUCGCCGCUCCGGCCGUGGUUUCGGCCACCCAGGGCACGCUGGGUCUCGCGCUCGGCGACAAGAACGCAGAUGGCUCCUGCAAAGCCACCAGCGACUACGAGGCCGAUUUCGCCGCCCUGAAGUCGCUGGCCAAUUCCACCCUUGUUCGCACCUACUCAUCCUCGGAAUGCAACACGGCCGCGAACAUCCUGCCCGCCGCCCAGUCCAGCGGCGUCAAGGUCGUCCUCGGCAUGUGGCCAGACACCGAUGCCUCGUUCAACCAGGACUUCAGCGCUCUCCAGUCUGCCGUACCGGGCAACGAGGCCGUCAUUGAGGCCAUCACCGUUGGCUCGGAGGCCCUGUACCGCGGCGAUAUGACCGCCGAAGCCCUCCUGGCCCGCAUCAACCAGGUUAAAAGCGCAUUCCCGCAGACCACCGUCGGUACCGCGGAUAGCUGGAACAAGUACGCCGACGGCACCGCCGACCCCCUGAUCCAGGGCAACGUCACCUACCUGAUGGCCAACGCCUUCGCCUACUGGCAGGGCAGCCCGAUCAGCAACGCGACCAACGUCUACUUCUCCGACAUGAACGGCGCCAUCCAGCACAUCCAGCAGGUGGCCGGUAGCAAUUUCGACAACAUUCGCGUGCUGAACGGCGAAACUGGCUGGCCGACGGACGGCGGGUCGAACUAUGCCGCCGCGCAGGCGGGCACGGCUAAUGCCGCGGAGUUCUGGCAGGACGGUGUGUGCGCCAUGCUCAACUCCGGGGUGGACGUGUUCUACUUUGAGGCAUUUGAUGAGUCGUGGAAGCCGGACAGCACGGGAGAUAACGGGCAGGCGUCGAACGAGCAGCACUGGGGGCUGUUGACGGCGAGCCGCACGGCCAAGCUCAACGUCACUUGUCCCUAG